GGCGCAGCCCAAAUCUGGCCAGGCAGGCGAGGGACAGUGAGCCUGUCCGACUGACGCUGCGCAAAUGGGGCUUGCCAUGGAUCGCAGCCCGUACUCCCGCACGGGGGACGCGGCUCGUGGCUGCUGGUACUACCUGCGCUAUUUCUUCCUCUUUGUGUCACUCAUCCAGUUCCUCAUCAUCCUGGGCCUCGUCCUCUUCAUGAUCUACGGCAACGUGCACGCCACCACGGAGGCCAGCCUGAAGGCCACCGAGAUGCGCGCUGACAGUCUGUACAGCCAGGUGGUGGAGCUGUCGGCCGUGAAGGCUAACCUGACCAAACAGCUGAACAUCAGCUUGCACGCCAAGGAAACGGUCAUGCAGAUGCUGCUGAGUGCCAGGCGCGAGCUGGAGCGCCUCAACGCCAGCUUCCGCCAGUGCCAAGGCGACCAGGCCACCUACGUAAACUACCACCGGUUCAUGGCCGCCAUCAUCCUGAGCGAGAAGCAGUGCUGGGAACAGGUGAAGGAGAACAACAAGACCUGCGAAGCCUUGCUCUUCAAGCUGGGCGAGAAGGCAAAGACGUUGGAGAUGGAGGUGGUCAAGGAGAAGGCAGUGUGCGCCAAGAACAAGGAGAGCCUGCUGGCGGAAAAGCAGCGUGCGGAGGAGCAGCUGUCGGCCUGUGGCAAAGCGCGGGAGCGGCAGCAGCAGGAGCAGCAGGUGAUCGAGGAGCAGCUGCGCAAGGUGCAGUCCAUGUGCCUCCCGCUGGAUCACGACAAGCUCCAUGCGGAUGCGCUGAGUAUCUGGCGGGACUCGUUGAUCCCGCGAUCCCUGGAUGGCCUGAGCUACCACUACCCUUCGUUGGCACCCGAGAUCGUGUCCCUCCGCCGGAUGUGCGAGCACCUGCCCACUCUCUUGAGCAACAAGGUGGAUGAGAUGGCGCGCGGGCUGCGCAUGAGCAUCGAGCGCGUGACCCGCGAGAACGCGGAGUUGCGGCGGCAGAAGCUGGAGGUGGAGCGCGGGGCUCAGAGCACGCAGGAGGCGCGGGCGCGUGUCGAGACGGAGGCGAAGGCACGCGAGAGCCAGCUGCGGGCGGAGUGCGCGCGCCAGACGCAGCUGGCGCUGGAGGAGAAAGCAUCGCUGCGCUCGCAGAAGGAAGGCCUGGAGCGUGAGCUGGAGGCGCGCAAGCGCCAGCUGGAGCAGCUGCGCACCGAAGUGGACGUGCGCAUCAGCGCGCUGGACACCUGUGUCAAGGCCAAGUCACAGCCAGCCACCCCGCCAAGACUCUUCAGCCCACCCCCAAACCCUCCGCCUAUAGAUCCUGCUAGUCUGGAGGACUUCAAGAAAAAGAUCCUGGAGUCCCAGCGUCUCCCAAUGGUCAACCCCGCAGUCCCACCCAGUGGCUGAGGAAGCAGCUGUCGCGGGACCCUGGGCAUGCGACUUGCCCACCUGUGGAUGGGAGCAGCCAGAUGCCCACAGCACUGGACACCGGCUGUACCCCCAUGGGCAGCAACCUCCAUCCCCAUGCCGCCCCCCCCCCCCCCACUGCCCGCUGCUCCGCACCAUCCCCUGACACUGGGUUUAAGGCACACACAGCUGUGGGGUGACCAGAAUGGCACCCAUUCGCCCACAGCUCAGCUGACCCAGGAGGUGAGAACAGGAGGCCUAGUCUCAGCUCCCUUGGGACUUUCCAAGCUCCCCUUAAAGGCCCCGGCUGUUUCCAGGUCCUCCUGGAGAGUUUCCAGGCCUCCCCUGGAGGGCUUCAAGGUCCCAAGAAACACAAAACUUCGUUAGAUUUUAAACCCUUUUCCAGGCUCCUCUCCUCCCCACAGGCGAGGCCCCCCCCCCCCCCCCCC